AAAACUUAUAUAUAAUAUUAAAUCGAAGAAUUUUCGAAAUACGAAAUUUAUACAAUCGUUUGUGUACCAUUAAUGACAAAUGUGUUACGCGUUCCCCCCAAUUCAGCGAGGUGUACUGUCCUUUAUCUAUCUGACUGCUGGUUGUUUAUAAAGUUUGAAACGUUGUUGAUUGUCUAGAAAUCUCAAAUAAACUUGGGAUCAGUACCCUGGAUUUAAAUCUUCCAUCCCAAUUAAAAUUCUCACCGCCAUCCAUCGUCGUUUUCCUGCUGGUGUUUGUUUCUAUUGCCGAUCUCAUCUAACACUGCUGGAAUUUUCCCAAAAGAACCCAUCGACGACGAAGUUCAACAGCGUCCGCAGUAGUGUUACACAGGACUUGCAAAAAAUGCGCUAGAUCUAUUUUUGAGCCAAAAUCUCGACAAUCGCUUCAGCUUUCUGCAUACCUGCUUACUGCAAGUUUCAAUAAGUGAACAACAAAACACUCACUCUGUCUGAUUUCCUGCGUUUCCUUUUACACGAGCCCACGUACUCUAGGACCGAAAGCGUGAUUUAUUUUUGAUAAGAGAAUUCAACACCAAGUACUAAGUUAGUUGAUAGUGUGAUAGUUAUAUUAUAACUGAAAAUGGACAAUAAUUCAUUCUAAUUCUGGAACAUAUAUAUAUAAUAUAUAUAAUUAUAAAUCGAGGGUGUCAGUCAACAAGUCCAGUUUUAUAAAAAAGUUUAUAGUGCUUUCACUGUGUUCUGUAGCCACAAGAGGCUCAAGAGACCACAUUAAUCAACAAUUAUUUUACAUCGAUCUCUGAAAAAAUGGCAAUGGUCAACAUGAAUAAUCUGCUAAAUGGAAAGGAUUCGCGUUGGCUUCAAUUAGAAGUCUGCCGCGAAUUCCAGAGGAAUAAAUGUUCGAGACCAGACACCGAAUGCAAGUUCGCCCAUCCGCCGGCCAAUGUUGAGGUUCAGAACGGAAGAGUGACUGCCUGCUACGACAGUAUCAAGGGUCGCUGUAACCGCGAAAAACCACCGUGCAAAUAUUUCCAUCCACCGCAACACUUAAAAGAUCAGCUUUUAAUAAAUGGGAGAAAUCACCUGGCAUUGAAGAACGCACUCAUGCAACAGAUGGGCCUGACACCAGGACAACCAAUAGUACCAGGACAAGUACAAGCUGUUGCUGCAAAUCCCUAUCUAACUGGAAUGCCGCAGGUGGGUAGCACGUAUAGCCCAUACUUUGCACCAGGCCCCAUCAUGCCUACAAUUAUGGGACCGGACCCAACAGGAGUUGGAUCACCUUUAGGAGUUGUACCUCAAACUGUGGUGGCCCAACAAAAGUUGCCUCGUUCGGACCGAUUAGAGGUGUGCCGCGAGUUCCAACGCGGGGCGUGCAAACGGGCAGAGUCAGAGUGCCGUUUUGCGCAUCCCGCCGACUCUGUGACUGCCAACGAAGACGGCACUGUCACCGUCUGCAUGGAUGCAGUUAAGGGCCGCUGCAACCGCGACCCCUGCCGCUAUUUCCAUCCCCCUCUGCACCUCCAAGCCCAAAUCAAGGCCGCACAAUCGCGGGCUAACGCGCCUGCUGCCGCUGUGUCGCCAAUGCUGGCACCGCAGGCCCAAGCGGCAGCCGCAGCAGCUGCGGCCCUAGAAAUAGGCAAGAAGAGGCCCCGCGAGCCUAGUAACGCAGCCGACACUGAUCUAUUACUGAUGGAUAUGAAAUCAGUUGGAUCGUUUUACUACGAUAAUUUCCAGGCGUUCCCAGGAAUGAUGCCAUACAAAAGACCUGCUGCUGAUAAAUCUGGUGUACCUGUUUAUCAACCGAAUGCCACCACAUACCAACAACUUAUGCAGCUGCAACAGCCUUUCGUACCCGUAUCAUAUUCUGGUGCCCCAACCAACGCUCCAUUUGUGAUCUACACAGACGAACAAGGACAGUUACUGGACACCCUCCCGGUGUGCCAAGAUUUUAAUCGAGGCCUGUGUAAUCGGCCUGCCUGCAAAUUUGUACAUCUACUAGAAGGGGAAGGGGUGGAAGUGGUGGAUCAUAGAGUGGCAGUGUGCCGCGACGCAGCGAAGGGGCAGUGCAAUAGAUCCGUUUGUAAAUAUUAUCACAUCCCCAUAGCACUGCCUCCUGCUCCAGUUAUGGCCGCCCUCGCUGCUUAUCUUCAGUAGGAAUAAACAAAAGUAGCCAUCUCGACAACGACAUAUUUUAACCGAAAUCCUCUACGAUUGUGAGACGAGAUACAUUUAUAUAGAAAUUUUUAUUGUAAAAUCAUAGUCAUAUAAUGACAAAAAUUAUGUAAUAUUUGUAUUUAUUUAAAAUUUUAGAUUAGUAUAAUGACUGAAUGCAGAGUGAGUCAAAAUGAUCAAAUUUUUAUAUAACUAUUUUUUGUAUAUUGGUUGCAUUCAGUAUUUUUUGUGUCAUUAAGUGCUAGUAUUAAGUAUCCAACGGUUUUAAUAGUUGGAGAGAGUAAAAGCCAGUAUUUUUAUAUAUCCUGAAUAUGCUUCUCAGAAAUCAAAAUCUCAUCUCAAAAUUGUUAAAAAAUAAUUAACUUAAACAAUCUCAAUAUUAGAAAUCGUUGGAAACUAAAAUAAAAUACAAAAAUACAUAAUGUAACUUGUAUGUACUUCUGUGUUGAACGUAGAAGCAUAAAUGUUUUAUAUAUUAAAAAUAUUUGUACCUAUGGCCAUUAGCCACAAGCCACCCCCAUUUACUGCAUAAGGCUCUCUGACAAUUGUUUCUUCCACGGCCACCCUUUUUAGAUAAGGAAAUCUUAUGAACAAUUGACGUCCCAUGGGUUCUACCCAUAAAUCAAUGGCCAUGACAUGAAUUUCAUUUUUUUAUUUUUAUAUUAAUUUGCGAAAUAAAACAAUUUUAAUACGAUAAGUCUACUUUUAACGAGACUUUAAUAUUUUUUAUAUAGUGGUACUUACUAGUGAAUAUAAAAAUAAAACAAAUGAAUGUGUAUCAAGUCAAAGCGGGGGAUAUCUGGAUUGAAACGUCGCAUGUGGAAGAUAUUUUCUUCUGUUGAAGUUCUAUUGUUCAUUACAUAUUAAUUUAUUGAUACGGUUGUCUAUAGUGAUGAAUAAUUCGUAUAAAAAUAUAAUCCAAAGAACAAAUACAUAUGUAAGAGGGGACAGAUGAAAUAAAUGAACAAAGUGCAUUUAUUUUGAAAGAUUUUGUAGUUAAAGAAAGAGUCUCUUGUAAUUAUAAUGUGAUAAAAUUAUUUUUCUUUUGGUUCUGGAUAUAUUCUUUAUCUGCAAUAAUGCAUGUUCUAGUUGAUCAAAUUAAAUAUUAUAGAUUAUCAGAACCUUGGAUUUUGGUCUAGUCAAAACAAUAAAAUAUUAAUUUUGAAUGAAUAUAAUUCUGUUGAUAACUGGAUAUCUCCCAAGUUCAAGUGCCACAGAACGCAUUAAUAACGAAGAUAUAUGUUCCUGUAAAGCAUUUACCUAAAAUAUUUUCGAAAAUGAAAAUAAAAUAGUGUUAACAAUAUGGGUUUGGUAUUAAAGGGGGCGACAUAUUUUGUGAUAUCGGGUGGUCUGGAUUAAUAGCAUUAGUGAUUAAUGAUAUUGAUAUAUUGUAUAUAGAUAUACUUAGGUUGUAACGGACAAAACUCGCAUUAAAGAGUUACUCUAAUCGUAUAUAUACAUAGUGCAUUAGGUCUUAAACUAAAUAUUUAAAAAGCAAAAUAUUGCGUACAUAAAUUGUACAUGGGUAACAGUUAACACGUUCUGGGUAAUCAAUUAUACAUUUUUUAAAAAAGUAACUAAGACGUCCAUAUAUUUUUUUUUAAUAAUUCGAAAUAUCACAGCAUGUGCAAAUAUGUUAUUUUUAAUAAUUUAAAUUCAACAAUUUAUGUAUUCUGAUAAAUUUAUUCAGACUAGAAUAAUAAUAAUAAUAAUAAUAUUACUUAUUUCUCUUGAUUAUUUCAAUUAAAGAAUGUAAUGCUGAAGCCCACCACCAAAAUCGAACAUGCACAUUAAUGUGGCAUUUUAUAGGAAUUCAAUAUAUUGAUAUUGAGAUACUAACAAUCAGUUCAGCUAGGUAUACUAUAAUCACCAUUUUAACCAGUGUUUUAUUUAAAAUCAUCUGAUAACGAACUAGACACGAUUAUUUUAGAAAUAUAUCUCAUAAAUAUUUUUAAUAGGUAACUUAAAAAUAUAUAAUUGUUACGCGGUCCAGAACGUGGUUCUACAGACUAGACCACAUUUCUGGUCUUUCCCUUUAAUACCAAUAUACAAGAUAGAGUGAGAGCUUCCACUUUCAGAGCAAAAGGGUCUCUGCUUACCGCUUCGUGCAUUCGUAUAAAUUUGCUAGGUUUUAGCUCUGUAUUGGGUUGCGCUAGUGUGUAUUCCCCUGCUCCAUAAAAAGGCGCUUUCGACGAAUUGUCAUCUUGUCACGCCACUGACGACAGGCACACUGUCUGUUUUUACCCUGCUAUAUUAUGAUUAUAUUAGUCCAUAGUAUAGCUUAAUCUAGAAUAAUUUUUCCUAACAUAUUAUAUUGCAUGUCCCUAGUUACAACGUCUCUUAUUCUACCUAUACUAUAGUUAUAUAGACUUAGCAGUUCCUUAGCAUAUUUAUUAGUUUUGAAUUUGCAAGAAACGGAAAAGUUCCUUUCAUUGAAUUGACUUCUAUUACGUUGCAUUUAUGCAUAAUUGACCCAGCUUCUUUAAGCUUCGCUUAUUAAUGUUAUUUGUUUAAUUUUUCUCGUCACAUGGGAUAAGAUCAUGACAAUGUUUUCAGUAUUUUUUAUUUGUUAAGAGGGUAUCGUUCCGUAGGAAAACAUCUAUUCUAAUCCAGUUUGGCUUCCAUUUUUCGACUACAGUUUAAGAUAUUACUGUUUUCCACGGCAUAAAUUCCUCUUUAACAUUUCUUUUAAAUUCUAAUCUUUAUUGUAUAUUGUUGUUGAUGAUAAAGAUUUAUAAAAUUUCGGUAAUUUUAUUACUGCUACUUAUUACUGUACACUGUAUUGAGACGUUAGCGCUUAAUAAAAAACUGCAAAUAAUGUAACUAGUCCUUUUUACCUAAACAUUAGAUAAAUUAACUGCAAUUGAAAAUAUAAACAAGUAAGAAUCUAAUAAUGCAUUAUAUAAAUUAUAUAUUGGACGUGAUUGUUGCCGUUGAUUUUUCUAAUAUAGGUUUACAAAAAUUCUAAAAGCCUGCUUCUAAAUCAGUUGCUAUGCUUCCGCGCAAAAAAAAAACGGCCAGCUUUGCUGAGAAAUAAAUCAACACUUUUACUUAUGACUGUUUAUGCUUCAGUUGUUGUUACAUAUCUAAAAUUGGGAUACAUAAGGAAUCCGUCGGUUAACUAGAUUUAGUUUAUUUUAUAAAUUUAUAUAUAUAUAUUUAUUUUUGUUGUUUGUUUUAUGUAUACAUUUUGUUGUUUGGUAACUGAAUUCUGUAAUUUGUUGAUAUUAAUAAUGAUAAAAAACGGUAAUAAGCUGCCCGUCUUUAAAUCUGAUUGUUAUCAAUAUAUUUUUCGUCAGAUAAUAUUUGUGAUCAAUGUCAAUCAAAUAUGGUACAAUUUGAGUUAUUUUGUUGUAAUAUUAUUUAUUAAUCGUUUUCGAUAUAAAGUUUUAUAUAUAUACAUCGUUUUUAAAUGUUUUUAUGGAAAUUUUUCUUGUAAAUUAUGUUUCCUAUUUGAUUGUCUUUGACAACACUUAAAUUUAAAUUAAGUAAAAUUACCUGAAAUGGCUAGAGUGAGUGAGCCACGUUAAUAUAAUAAUUCAAAUACAUUCUAGUAUUUGUAUAAAAUAUAAUUGUAUAUAUUGUGGCUCAUUAUUUUUUCAUUUUAUCAACAACAAUUUUGUGAUAUUUUAGUAAUGAUUGUUAUUUAAGUCACAUCACAAAGCAAACAAUUAACUGUUUGUGAUACUGCUGGGAAAUGAGCACAAAGCAUCAUUUAUACUAGGAACGUUGACUCGACUUCGUUUAUCUGCCUACGUUCAGUUCUCAGCAGAUCUGUUUUAAGCUGAUACCAAGAAACUUGUCACCCGUCAUCAGUCCGUUUAUUUAGUCUUAGAUUGACGGUUGUCAUGAAGUCUUGGCAAAUUAAUUUUAAGAAACUAUUCACAAUAAUCUUGUAAAAGGCGAGGUUGUUCAAAAAUAAGGAGAAAGAUGAAGAGUAUUAAUAAAAAACACAUUAUUUUUUGAAGAAUAUAAAAAUACGAGUAUAUAAAUAUAUAAAAAGUAUAUAUGUAUAUGAUAUUUAAGUAUUGAUCAAGUGUAAAAUAAAAAAAUGUAUGCAUGAUAUUUAAGAUAAAGUUAAACAUAAUCAUAAUAUUGGACAAAAUUUCUCCUUGUUAUUGAAUAUCAGGACAUUAUAGUAGCGAAAUUUACAAUAUUCUUCGUUGAAAGUCAGUUCUGCUGAUUAAUUGAUUUUUGGAUUUUCUUGGAUAAGUGUUGAUAUUAAAAUUAUUUAUUCUUGUAAACCCUUGUAUAAAAUAUAAUAAUUUUGAUCAGCAGGCCCUUGAUCUUGAAGAAUUUGUCUUUUCCUAUUAUUUUAUCCCCAAAGAGAGCGUGUGAACUAGUGUAUUUUGAUAAAUUGUGUGAUUACGCCGACGAAAGUCCUUGCCUUUCAGUUUGUGUUUUGUAAUUAAAUUUUGUGCCAUAACUGAUCAGUCAGUAAUUAAAUGACAAUUGUCAUUCUAUCUUUUAUAAUUAAGUAUUUUUUAGUCUCUUAGGUAUUUACCGAAUUUGUUUGUUCAUAUUUUCCAAUAUUAUAUAUGGGUGUAUGUAUCCUGAUUAAUUUCUGAAACUUUAUGCUAAUUAUUUAUGUGUCAUAUGUGACAAAAUUGUUUUAAUAAAUCUUUUCUAGAUCAGUAUUUAAAAAGGUAAUGUAAAAAAAAUUUGGAAUAUAUAUGUUGAUCAUCUUAAUUUUUAAUUCUCGAAAAUUAUACAUACACGUCGUGUAGUCAGGCAUUUUGUCAAAUCAGCGUUCACUUUAUGUCUUAUAGACAUUGAAUUGAUUAUUGAAUAUAUUAUUGUUUAUUAUUAAUUAAAGAUAAGGAUAAACUAAUGAUGUGAUGAUGAUCGUUAGAUCAUACUAAUGGGGUCUGUGUACCCUCAUUUUCUGAAUAUAGUAGAGUUAAUAAACAUUAUGUGAAAUUU